ACGCCUCCCUCACAAUGGCGACCCAUCCUCGAUGCCACCUGGUACUCGUACUCGAUGUUGGCUGCUCAUGCGAGGUUGCGCAAUGGACUGUUCCCAUUGUCGCAGGCUCGUUUGUUGCGAUCACAUCUCAGGUCGGGGCACUCUGGCCGCUUGCUCGGAGCGGCUUGAGUGCCCCAUCUACCUGCUCGAUUCUAAGUUCUACUCUUCCUGUUCACGAGAAACAUAUCUGAUCGCGUGUCCCUCGUUCAGCUGUCCCGUCCGACUUCGUUGCAGCACACACCUCACGGUGUGGCCGCCACCUCGUCGUGAUGCUCACCGACAACCGACUGCUUCUCAUUGAAGAUUUCGAGCGCGUCGUGCGCGGCCAAGUCUCCCUCGUGGACGCCGCGCUCGAGGUGAACAUCACGCUCCCCGAGAACGUGAUGUUCAUCGGCGUCUACUUAGCCUACGAGUUUGGGCGCGUCAGCGUGGUCACGUCGAGCACCUGCUCAGAGACCCGUCCAUCCCGCCCUCGCGAAACAGCCUCUCCCUCAGGCUCAUCUGCCCCUCCUCCUCCCCGUCUUCGCCUGGGCGACACAGACAAGCUCUACGUCUUGCCGGAAUGCAUACCCAUCUACCGCGAGGUGCUGCGAUACUCCACCGUCAUCACGCCCAACUGGUCACAAGUAGAUUGGGUGACCCACCUCGCCUCCAUCCGCAAAGCCCUGCAUGUCAUGCAUGAAGACUACCACGUCCCCGACAUCAUCAUCAGCUCUUUCCCACUCAAAGCCUGGGUCUGUGUGGCCCUCGCGCCCGCGGCGCAGCCCACCGACACGGACAGCCCCGACACCGACUUCCUCGCCUGCAUCUCGGCUUCCGCCUCUGCCGAGCAAGGGGCGGCUCGCCCCGUCUACUUCUCCGAUGUCACGGUGGGUGACCUCUUCUCCACCUUAGUCCUCGGCCACUUCCAGCUUGCGCCCUCCGUCCCCUCCGCCAACGCAGAGUUCGGUGCGGAGAAGGAGACGCUGCUGGCGCCCGCAGUCGCACACGCGCUGAGCAAGACGCACGCGCUCCUCACGCUCACGCACGAGCACACGGCGGGCCUGCCGGAGGCGGACACGCUGCCGACGGACGAGGAGCCAGACGCGGGCGAGCCCGAGAGGAAGUCGUUGCAGACAGGGUAA